GGUGCGAUGUCUCCCAAAAAAAUGUUCCUGCUGAUCAAUCUUUUCAUCGUUUGUUUAAUCGGAUUGUGGCUUGAUUGUGGACUGGGAUCUUGUAAUUCCGUGCACUCUUUCAUACAGGCUACUGGAAUCGCACACAUAGAUGUAUUUAGACCGUGCUUACAACCAGUACUUUACGAUUCAUCGGUUGAUGAUACAGGUGUUGUCUGCCCCGUGGGGAAAGGUUCAUGCCCAGUGACUCAUCUCAAAGAUGCGAUACAACGAAGCCCGCCCUCCAACGUACGAUGGACAACGGGGGAGAAUCUGACAAGUGCCAAGUACAGCGACAAUAAAAUCAGUAAUGCAAAAACGGUAUACUUCCUACAUGAUCGGCUCGAGUUACUAAUCCAGGCCCGCGAUGGAUGUGGACGGCUGAAACGAUAUGGUGGUGAUUACUUCCGGGCUAAGAUAUUCACCAAGAAUUCAACAUUCUCUGCGAGUUCUGCAACGGAUGGAGAAGUGAUCGAUCUAGGAAAUGGGACUUACAGGGCUCUCUUUACUCUGAAAUGGCCAGGGAAGGUCCACGUUAAGGUGACCUUGGUUCAUCCCAGUGAAGCGGUCGAUGUGAUUCGCCGUUUCCGCGACGCAGCUCCAGCGCGGUACGUUUACCGCGGCAAGUUUGUGUCCGCAGACGGUACGCACAAAGAAGAGACUUUCUGCAACAUUGUACUCUGUGGACAUCCGCUUGACUUAUGCAACUUUACCGAUAAGGCUACGGGAUCUCCCUGGUUUUGCUACAUGCCCAAAUCACCGAAACUUAAGUGCAGCGACUGGCGGGAACAUCGAUGUGACUCCAGCACGGCAGGCUGGUAUGAUGCGUCGCUUUUAUCAUCGCAUGACAAGUUAACCUUGAUUCCAAAAAGUGAUCUUCCUACGAAAAUUCAGGUCGAAGUCCGAGGAACGAUAAGAAAUUCAUCUGAACCAAAAUCGGCAUCAGAGAAUGCGACCGAAAAAGUUAUAAAUCUUCCCAUCUGUACAAAUGAGUGCAAUAUUGGAAACCUCCUCACCUCUGGCUACUAUUUCAACGACAUUUGGUACAAUCCAUCCUGCAGAAUUCUCAAUUUCCCGCUCGACGAAAUGCGAAAUUGUGUCUCGGGGAAGAAGCUGUAUUUCUUGGGAGAUUCGACGAUCCGCCAGCUCUUCGAGUUCUACGUGGAGCGACUUGGACCAGGAUUAAAGAAGACGCCACCUGGUCCAGAACCACAAUGGCACGUCGGUCCAACGCGGGUGUUAGACCAGGUCUUCAACAUCAGUAUGAUGUUUCGUUUCCAUGCGUACCCGAUAGGGAGGAACGAAUGGGCCACAGUGAAGGACAUCCAUUACAUAGCGAACGAAGUUGACAACAUUGCUGGUGAUGAAAAUUCGGUGGUUGUAAUCUCACUUUGGUCCCAUUUCACCCACCAACCGGAGUGGUUUUUCGCGCAACGAAUGCGAACAAUCAUGGCGGCCGUUGCGCGUCUGCGGGAGCGCAGCCCGUCCACGCUCGUGGUCUUCAAGGGUGCGAACACGCGCGAACAUAUUAGCGAAAAGCAACGUCUGUAUCACUCUGAUUGGCUGGCCAGACGUAUGGAAUACAUUAUACGACGAGAUAUUGCCGAAAACAUAGCUUUCAUGGACUCUUGGAGCAUGUCAAGUGCGCAAUUAAUCGCGGACGAUGUACAUCCAGGAGGUUCACAUGUUAACAACCUAAGUAAUCAGUUAUUAACAUUCAUGUGUGGUACAUAGGAAUUCAUAUUCGAACUCACUAUGCAAGUGUUAUCUCGCAAUUUUCAUAAUUUAUUGUCCGUAGAGACGGGUAGCCCGAGGGUCUCAGGCAAUACUUUAAGCAUGCGUGGCCAAGAAAACGCGUACAAAGAAGGUGUUUUUUUAUUUUUAUAGAUUGGACGCGGUCCGCGUGGUGCCGCAAUAAGGGGUUAGAAACUGUCAAUUUUGGGUCAUUUUAAAGAAAACUGGUACUUUUUCAAAAUGGUUUAAAAUCCUGCUGUACACGCCGGUAUACGCAUUAACGGGUAUAUUUCUAGCCCUUAGGGCCGAACUGGGGAAGAAG